UGUGUAGUAAUAGCGCAAGUUACUGUGCAGUGGCGAAGAGGCGGAAGUAUCCUCUAAAUGUCAACUAGCUGACAGAGUUCUUUUCGUUCUAAAGUUUUUAAACGAAAGUUGUAUUUUCUUGUGCUGUACACGUUUCGUGUCGAAAAAAAGGACUUAAAAAAUGCGUUACGUGGCUGCAUACUUGUUGGCUGUUCUUGGCGGUUCCGAAAACCCCAAAAAUGCCGAUAUCGAGAAGAUCCUCAGCUCGGUCGGUAUUGAAGUUGACUCCGAACGCCUCACCAAGGUCGUCAAGGAAUUAAACGGCAAGUCCGUUGAAGAAUUGAUUGCCCAGGGUCGCGAGAAACUCUCGUCCAUGCCUGCUGGUGGUGCCGCUGCUGCUGCAGCUGCUCCAGCUGGUGGUGCUGCUGAUGCUGGUGGCGACAAGAAGGAAGCCAAGAAAGAGGAGAAGAAGGAAGAAUCUGAGUCCGAGGACGACGAUAUGGGCUUCGGUCUCUUCGAAUAAGCUAUUCAUUUUUAACGGGGUCCACUGGCAAUCGCUAGUACAACAAAAAAACGUGCAAAAACUUCAGGGUUACUGCUCAAGCUUCGGUCAACAACGUCAGCAUGGGAGGGUUUAAAAUGAAUGUAGAUUUCCUUGCAGAAAGUACAAUUGUGUUUUUUGUAAGGAUAAUUACAAACUGACAACCUAUACAACAUAGUUGAAUUUUAUUUCCAUGAAAUAAAAGAAAGUAAAGUUUUACACGUUUAAA